CAGCCAAGAACAUCAGAGCUCUGUCUUUCGGUCCAGCUCUUGUGGAGGAAGAAGGAAGCAGGAGUUUCUCAGACCUUUGUGUCUGUGAGGCUGGAAAGGACACUAUUCAUAUCACUCUGUGAAUUGUGACUGAGACAGAUACAGGAUGUCUAAAGGUCCAGCUGUUGGUAUUGACCUUGGUACCACCUACUCCUGUGUGGGUAUCUUCCAACAUGGCAAGGUGGAGAUCAUUGCUAAUGACCAGGGCAACAGGACUACCCCUAGCUAUGUUGCUUUCACUGACUCAGAGAGGCUGAUUGGGGAUGCUGCAAAGAACCAGGUGGCCAUGAACCCAACUAACACCGUGUUUGAUGCUAAACGUCUGAUAGGCCGCAAAUUUGAUGACGCAGUUGUACAGUCAGACAUGAAGCAUUGGCCAUUCAAAGUGGUGAGUGAUGGAGGCAAGCCUAAAGUGGAAGUGGAAUACAAGGGUGAGGUGAAGACAUUCUACCCUGAAGAAGUGUCCUCCAUGGUCCUCACAAAGAUGAAAGAGAUUUCUGAGGCCUACCUUGGCAAGCCAAUGACCAAUGCAGUCAUUACCGUGCCUGCUUACUUCAAUGACUCCCAGAGGCAAGCCACAAAGGAUGCAGGGACCAUUUCAGGGCUUAACAUCCUGCGCAUUAUCAAUGAACCAACUGCUGCUGCAAUAGCCUAUGGUUUAGACAAAAAGGUUGGAGGGGAGCGGAAUGUUCUGAUCUUCGAUCUAGGUGGAGGUACCUUUGAUGUUUCCAUACUUACUAUUGAAGAUGGCAUUUUUGAGGUUAAGUCAACUGCUGGUGACACACAUCUUGGUGGUGAGGACUUUGAUAAUCGUAUGGUAAACCACUUUAUUGGUGAGUUUAAGAGGAAAUUCAAGAAGGAUAUCACCAAUAACAAGAGGGCUGUUCGACGUUUGCGCACUGCCUGUGAGAGGGCCAAACGUACCUUAUCCUCCAGCACCCAGGCUAGCAUUGAGAUCGACUCAUUGUAUGAGGGUGCUGACUUCUACACCUCAAUCACAAGGGCCCGUUUUGAGGAGCUCAAUGCUGACCUCUUCCGUGGCACACUAGAGCCAGUGGAAAAAUCCCUGCGUGAUGCCAAAAUGGACAAAGCCCAGAUUCAUGACAUUGUUCUUGUUGGUGGAUCCACACGAAUUCCAAAGAUUCAGAAGCUCCUGCAGGACUUCUUCAAUGGUCGUGACCUCAACAAGAGCAUCAAUCCAGAUGAGGCUGUGGCCUAUGGAGCUGCUGUCCAGGCAGCCAUUUUAGCGGGCGAUAAGUCUGAAAAUGUGCAAGACCUCUUACUUUUGGAUGUGACCCCUCUCUCUCUGGGCAUUGAGACAGCUGGUGGUGUCAUGACAGUGCUCAUAAAGAGGAACACUACUAUCCCUACUAAACAAACUCAAACCUUUACAACAUAUUCUGACAACCAGCCAGGAGUGCUGAUUCAGGUGUAUGAAGGUGAAAGAGCUAUGACAAAGGAUAAUAAUAUCCUGGGGAAAUUUGAGCUCACUGGCAUCCCCCCUGCUCCAAGAGGUGUUCCACAAAUUGAGGUGACAUUUGACAUUGAUGCCAAUGGUAUACUCAAUGUGUCUGCUGUUGACAAGAGCACUGGCAAGGAGAAUAAGAUUACCAUAACUAAUGACAAAGGUCGUCUGAGCAAGGAAGACAUUGAGCGUAUGGUACAGGAGGCUGACAAGUAUAAAGCAGAAGAUGAUGCACAGAAAGAAAAGGUCACAGCAAAAAACACACUGGAGUCUCUUGCUUUCAAUAUGAAGAGCACUGUAGAGGAUGAGAAGUUGCAGGAUAAAAUCAGUCCCGAGGACAAGAAGACCAUUGUGGACAAGUGCAAUGAGGUCAUCUCUUGGCUGGACCGGAAUCAGACAGCCGAGAAGGAUGAGUAUGAACACCAACAGAAGGAGCUUGAAAAAGUCUGCAACCCCAUUAUCACUAAGCUCUAUCAGGGUGCUGGCGGCAUGCCUGGGGGUAUGCCUGGGGGUAUGCCUGGGGGUAUGCCAGGAGGAUUUCCAGGAGGUGCAGGUGGUAGCCCUUCAUCAGGUCCAACCAUUGAAGAGGUUGACUAAUGUCAGUAAUGUCCCAAACCACUCUGGACAUUUUUGCUUUUAUUUUUCCGUUGCCAGAUGUAACUGCAAAUUAAACUACUUCAACCAGCA